CUCGACGUUCUUGCGGACGCUUUCACACUGGCCUUGUAUAUGGCAGUUCAGUAGACAAACACUGAAUGAAACGAAACCAUACACGUGUCAUGCUGAUGCACGCAGACAGAUACAUUUAAUAAACAUGACUGUACAACGACGAGGAAUCAGUAAAACCCCUGAAAGUAGCGCCAUUGAAAAGAAAAUUAAGAGGGGAAAUGCGCAGAGACAGGCCUCUUCUUGGAGAGGUAAGGUGAUCACGCUGUUGCUGCUGACAGGAGUCACUGGAUUAGUGAGCUGGAUGUAUUUCACAUGGGCUGAUGACUUUACACACACAUUGGUUUCAAGAGGCGAGAUCCUCACUCAGCCUAGAGUGUUCACAGUUGAGUGCUCUGAAGACUACAAGAAGUACAAGUUCUUUCCAGGUUGCACCCCAUCAAAAUGCGGCAGAGCUAUUACAGACAGUGUUGUGACUUUGGAGGAGGCAAAGAAGCUUAGAAGGUUAGCUGAGCGGGGCUUAUCACUUGCUGGCUCAGAUGGUGGUGCCUCCAUCCUGGACCUUCACUCUGGGGCGUUGUCGAUGGGAAAGCAGUUUGUAAAUAUCUAUAGAUAUUUUAAGAAUGAGUUAAGGGAUGUUUUUACAGAAGAUGAUUUUGAAUUGUACAGGGAUGUCCGUAGCCGAAUUCAAAAGGUAAUAGCUGAGACUUUUGGUCUGGACUCCAAACAGAUGUACCUCACCAAGCCCACCUUCUUCUCUCGCAUCAACAGCACCGCUGCCAAAACCACUCAUGACGAGUACUGGCACCCACAUAUCGAUAAGGAGACUUAUGGAUCCUUUGACUACACGUCUUUGCUCUACUUGUCUGAUUAUGGGUUGGAGUUUGGUGGCGGACGGUUUGUCUUCAUGGAUCCCAGUAGCAACAGGACGGUGGAGCCACGUGCUGGUCGGGUGUCUUUCUUCUCAUCCGGUUCUGAGAACCUCCAUCGUGUGGAGAAGGUCACUUGGGGUACUCGAUAUGCCAUUACAGUGUCCUUCACAUGUGACCCCGAUUAUGCCAUUGAUAACCCCUCCCUGCCUGUAGGAUCCACCCGGCUCAAAGAGACGGAUGAGUGACAGGAACCCUACGGCAAACACACAGGAAAAUACCGAAACAACAGUCGUGUUCAUGGCAUAAAAAAAUUCUUAUUGUCCCGUUAGAAAAAUGGUUGGGAUUUUCUGUGCUCAAAUGGGUUUUGUCUCCUUUAUGUUUUUAAUUUAAGAGGUGUUUUGUAUUUUCAGGAGAUUUACUUGAAUUGCCGUCAUUUUGAAGGCAUGCAUCUUGUGGGUUUGACUUGCAUUCCGAAGGUGCUUCUUUACAAUUGAAUUCUCUCUUUCCUGGCUGUGCUUCACUCUUUAAAAUCUUUUAUAUUAUUAUAGUUAAAUCGCUGUCUAGACAGGAGACACAAGUGGGAUGAGAGAACAGGUGUAUGUAAUGAAAACAAAAAGCUGGAAACCCGGUUGUCAAAUAUCUCUAUUUAUGUCACAAGCUGAAAAAAUACUCUUUGUAGAUUUGCUUUCAAAAACUACUUAUGUUACUAAUGAAACAUCAGUGUACCAGAUACCCAAAGAAUAUUUCAUUCCUUCAGCCAUGUCUUUCUACUUGUAUGAAAGUUUUAAAAGAAAACCUUUUUGAUAUCUUUGAUAAAAGAGUGUUAUAAUAUUCAAAGAGAGAAGAAAAGUUUACUUUGUAUGUCUUUUAUUCUAAGGUCUCUUUAACCUUCCAUUGCCAAGUAUAAAAUUUUGUAAUGCGUAUCUGAUGAGCACACAUUCCCUCUUUCGACUGUGUUAGUUUUAAUUACACUGACAUUAUGUGGUAAAAGUCAAGUUUAGCCAGUCACAACACAUUUGUUUUUGAAACCUUGUUUUGAGAUGUAACAGCUAAUUGGCGUCUCUGUUUACAGACCCACAGCCCAAAACUGAGUGCUCUCUCUGUUGUGUGAGUUGAUGUGAGAUUCAGAACAGAAGGUUGUUACUUCUCUAAAGCAUGGGCAACCAUCAAAAUCUUCUCAGUAGUUUGUUUUUAAACCUUAGGCUAUGAAUUUGUCAAAACCUGUGGUGACUUUUAGGGAACAA